GCCCCGCGCGCGCGCAUAUAUAAAUCGUCGACUCGUUCCUCGACACAUCGCAUUCAACGUUGACUCGUCGCUCGUGUCGUAUCGUUUCAAUAAACCCCAGUGUUUCGACAAACCGAUCUUUCUUUCGAUUUUUCAAUUAUCUCGAUAUCAUCUUCGAUCCGUCAACAUGAAGGCCGUUUGCGUGAUGUUGUUCUGUUGCAUGAGUGUCGCUCUGGCCGCCAACGCUUACACCAACAAGUACGACAACGUCAAUGUCGAUCAGAUUCUCAACAGCCCGAGAUUGCUGCAGUCGUACAUGAAGUGCAUGUUGGACGAGGGCAACUGCACUCCCGAUGGUCGCGAGCUCAAGAGAACACUUCCCGAUGCCUUGGCCACUGGCUGCACCAAAUGCAACGAGAAACAGAAGGCAGUCGCUGCUAAAGUCAUCAACUUCCUGAUGACCAAGAAAGCCAACGACUGGGCCCGUCUCUUGGCCAAAUACGAUCCCAAUGGCGAAUUCGAGAGACGUUACAGAGCUCAAGGAAACAGAAUCUUCGCCAACUAAAUUGAAAAACUUAUCUUUUAUUAA